AUGGCAUAUGUCAAGGUUGUUAAGAACAAGGCCUACUUUAAAAGGUACCAGGUGAAGUAUAGGAGGCGAAGAGAGGGCAAAACGGAUUACCGAGCUCGAAAGGCGUUGAUUCUGCAAGAUAAAAACAAGUACAACGCGCAGAAGCUCCGAUUUGUUGUACGAAAAACCAACUGCCAGAUCAUAUGUCAGAUAGCAAGUGCACACAUUGAAGGUGAUAAAAUUCUGGCAGAAGCCAAAUCGAAGGAACUAAUCCGUUACGGAAUCCCCGUUGGGCUGAAAAACUACGCAGCUGCAUACGCCACAGGGUUGCUAUGUGCAAGGAGAUUUUUGAAGUCACUGAAUCUGGACACUCAGUUUGUCGGAGUGGAGAAACUAACAGAUGACAUGAAUGAAAACAAUGAUGAUAAGGAUGACGAUGAGGAAAGAAAACCAAUUAAAGCAUUCCUAGAUGUUGGUAUUACCAGGACGACGACAGGCAAUCGCGUCUUUGCCGCUUUGAAGGGAGCAUGUGAUGGAGGAUUAAAUAUUCCUCACGGGACGAACCGAUUCCCUGGAUCGAAGAAUGAAUUUAAUCCCGAGCAAUUGAGAAAGAACAUCCUUGGCAUCCACGUUGCUGAAUAUAUGCAGACAUUGCAAGAGGAGGACAUGGACAAAUACAAAGCUCACUUUAAUGAUUACAUAAAAAACAAAAUUGACGCGAAUAAUAUAGAGCAGAUGUAUCUGAGUGCCCACGAGAAGAUAAGGAAGAACCCGGAGAAGGUGCAGAAGAGCAAGGCCAAGCUGAAGAAGUUCGUGGCUAAGCACGAGAAGCCCAAGAAGCUUAACGCCAAGCUAAGGAAGAGGCGUGUCAAGGAAAAGGUAAACCGAUGGGCAAGGGGAGCGACGUUGCGAUUAACCGGAUAG